AUGCCACCUUCUUCUACACAGCCUCUUUUACUCUCGCCCGCCGAACUCUCUUACCUCCACACAUCCCUCUCUCUCAACCCUCCAAUUCGCCCUGACGCCCGUACGUCUACUCAAUUCCGUCCUCUCAUCGCCGAAUGCGAUGUCCUCCCCGGCACAAAUGGCAGUGCGCGCAUUUGUUUUGCAGAUGGCACUGAAGCUAUCGUGGGCGUAAAAUGUGAAGUCGAAAAAUCGCGACCGACUUAUCAAGCUGCAGAACUUGGUCCUUCAGAAAAUGAUGACGAUGAUGAGGAGGAUGAAGAUAUGAGAGAAGCGAUUGAGAAAGAGAAGCUUGAGAAAGAACAAAAGGGAGAAAGAGAUUGGCUAGAGUUGAGUGUGGAGAUUCCGGGGUUUAGGGAUGACGAUAGUAUGCCUGUUUUCAUGGCGGCCAUGCUGAGUGAGGCGCUACUAGCAGAUGCCGAGUUUGUGGGGAGAUUAUGGAUUAAUUCAAGGUAUCAUUGGAAGAUAUAUGUUGAUAUUCUACUACUUUCACAGCCAUUAUCCUACCCACUACCCCUCCUUUCUUUAACAACCCAUCUUGCGCUUUUAUCUACUCGUCUUCCACGUCUCAAGUCCGAAGGUGAUGAAGAUCCACUCUUUGACGAUGACUGGGAAGCUUCCGUCUACUUAUAUCCUCGAACACCACAAUCCACCAAUUCCCGACCACCAAUUACACUUCUCGUCAUAUCCGUUGGCGAUAAUAUAAUCUUCGAUCCGAGUAAAGAGGAGCUUACAGUCGCCGAAGCUGUAUUAGCUAUUACCAUUGGUGAGAGAAGGCGUAAGGAUGGAGACGUAGAUAUGGAUUCUAGCUCUGGAAGAGAUCUAAGAUUAUUGGCUGUGAGGACCGUGGAUUUACCAGCUAGGUUAACAGCGCCUGGUGUGCCUAAUGCGAUGAACACUGCUACUGGAGGUGCGGCAGCUGAGACGACGGAUCUAGCAUCGACUCAAAGAGAGACAAUGAAUGAGGGAGGUGUAUGGCAACCGCCAAGGGGAGGAAUCAAGAGAAAGUUGGUCGCGACGAUAAUCGCAAAGGUUAUGGAAAAGGGAGGUGUAGCAGAGGAGGUAUUAGAUGGAUUGGAGACUGUGGAGCUGUCCUAA